CCUGCGCCAGAACGGCUGCCUCGCUCCCGGAAGUGGAGGUUCUACACUGAGUGCUGCUGGGUCUCUGAGUGACCGAAGGCAGUAGCGCUCGCGGAGAUCGCCCGCUGGCCUCCGAUCACCAUGUCGGCCUUCGACACUAACCCCUUCGCGGACCCAGUGGAUGUAAACCCCUUCCAGGAUCCCUCUGUGACCCAGCUGACCAAUGCCCCUCAGGGUGGCCUGGCUGAAUUCAAUCCCUUCUCAGAGACAAAUGCAGCAACAACAGUUCCUGUCACACAAGUUCCUGGGCCCUCCCAGCCAGCAGUUCUCCAGCCCUCAGUGGAGCCAGCACAGCCAACGCCUCAGCUCCUGCUUAGGCAGGCCAGCAAGUUUCUGCCUGCCCGAUUCCUGGCAGCGGGUGAGCCCUCAGAGAGGCAGAUGCUACUAGGAGGAGAUAGUAUUCCCAGGGACAGCUACAUGCGAAAGCUUCCGAAGGCUGUUGCAGCUGCAGCCCAAGCAGGCCUGCUCCGGCAGCAGGAAGAAUUAGACAGGAAAGCCGCUGAGCUGGAACGCAAGGAGCGAGAGUUGCAGAACACUGCGGCGAACUUACAUGUGAGAGACAACAACUGGCCGCCCCUACCCUCAUGGUGCCCGGUCAAGCCUUGCUUCUAUCAGGACUUCUCCACGGAGAUCCCUGCUGACUACCAGCGGAUAUGCAAGAUGCUUUACUAUCUCUGGAUGUUGCAUUCAGUGACACUGUUUCUAAACCUGCUUGCAUGCCUGGCCUGGUUCACAAGUAAUGCCGCUAAUGGAACAGCCUUUGGCCUCUCCAUCCUUUGGUUUGUGAUCUUCACCCCCUGUGCCUUCCUUUGUUGGUACCGACCAAUCUACAAGGCUUUCAGGUCUGACAAUUCUUUCAGCUUCUUCGUGUUCUUCUUUGUAUUUUUUUGUCAAAUAGGGAUCUACUUCAUCCAGAUGAUUGGCUUGCCUAACUUGGGGACCAGUGGUUGGCUCGCAGCCCUGUCUACACUGCACGAUGGGCCCUUACCUGUGUCCAUCAUCAUGAUGGUAGUGGCUGGCUUCUUUACCCUCUGUGCUGGGCUCUCACUCUUCCUCCUGCAGCGGGUACAUGCCUUCUACCGCCGAACAGGAGCCAGCUUCCAGCAGGCUCAGGAAGAGUUUUCCCAGGGCAUCUUCAGCAAUAGAACCUUCCGCAAUGCUGCCUCAUCUGCUGCCCGAGGAACCUUCCAGGGGAAUUAAUCUUCCUGACUCUCCUUCCCUCACCCCAGCGUCUUCUCUCACCUGCCCUCUGAGCUGCACUUUCCGUGGGUGCCUUAUAUAGUGCUUAUGUCCAGCACAGACCUGGCAGGGAUUUUGUCUUGUUCCUGUUCCUUCCUCAGUAGUCAGUAGUCAGGGUCCCUUCCACAUAGGGAAGGGGAGGAAGGGACAGGGACAAGGGAAAAGAAAAAAAUAACAAAGCUGUCUUUCCUUUUCUAAUGGUGGAUUUUCUGACGGUAGGAUUUUAUCUGGAAGCAGUGGGGCUGCUUCCCCUGAAAACAAAUGUACUCACGUGCAUGCGUGUUCACAUCCCACACAGGAUCAUUGGUGGGCCUGGGUUCGCUGUACCAGGAAUUUUCCACAGGCACCCUGGACACAACUCCUCCCUCUGCAGGCUUGACCUGUAUUGGGGCCUCCACAGUCUCACCUUUUCAUGCUUAGGCUUCAUAAGCCUCCCCAGGGCUCCACUUUAGGUGAGCUGUGUUCUGGGUGAUGCACAGAGAUGCUCCUCAAAUGAUGCCUCAGGUGGACCCCACAUGUGCCUCACAAUAGCCAUGCCCCUCUAUGCCUGCUCUGUCCCGUGGUGGAAUAGCACCUUGUGCCCUCUGAAAUGAAGGCUAGCCCUUCUCUUCAGGCUUCUGAGUGAGGUUGGUUGGGACUUGGGGAUCUAGAGGGACUGAAAACAGUCCUUCAAAUUGUCCUGCCCACCCUCUGGUAGUCUGCUGAGAGGGUGGGUGUCAUUUGACCGGUUUGUUUUGGCUUCUGCCCUCCUGAGGGAUUCUGCCUCUCCGCCUUAGCCUUAUUCCUGCCCCAUCUUCAGCAAUACUCACCUCUUACAACUCUUAGGGUGGCUGGAGGAUGUCAGACCAGAGCUGUGUCCUGCAGGCAGGACUGCUGAGCCAUCUUUCGGAGGGUUUCUCCCAUACCCACAGUGGAGUCUAGGUCCCUUUCCACUUGUGCUGGAGACUCCACAGGUGUGUCACUAAAGUGACACUUAGGUCACUGUUGAAACCUGAACUCUGUGCUGUGUUAGUGCUGCAGGAGUUCACCAAGAUGGCCAGCCUCCUGCCUCUGGGAACUGGGGCCCUCCUGAGGCUACCCUCAUGCUGUCAUCCCAUUUAUCCCUAGAGCCACUGAAUGGUAAUGACAGCCACCAGGGUUUUGUUAACUUUCUGGUAUUUUCCUCCAUGUACAAAUGUAUAUGUCAUGUCUCAAUUUUUGUGCUUAAAUAAAAAUAAGAUUUUCGGACAA